UGACUAGCAAGACUUAAGUGACUGAUAAUAUGGCAUCAGUCAUCGACCGAAUUAUGAACGUGGAGAUGGUGUGUUUGUGUCCACAGAUGGAUAUCGUAGCGUUGGUUACCAGGGAUGGGGCCCUCCUGGUAAACCGGACAACUUCUUUUCAACGGCUGACGACUCCUGCGGAGAUCCUCAAAGCGGGGGCGAUUAGCGCGCUAUGCUGGUCGCCAGACGGACGCCUGCUGGCAGUGGGUCAUUGUCAGGGGGAUUUGUCUAUGUUCGACGUCGAGGCGGAGGGGUUGUUACAACACGGCGGCGCAUGUUGGUGCGAGGAAAUCAUGCACUGCCAUAAAAUUACUCUCGUGUGGUGGGCACAACAAAUCUGUACAGGGUCACGGUCCUCGAAUCGCGACAUUACAGACUCCGACGGUGCAGAGAUAUCUGCCGAUAUCAGCGCUGGCUACUUCCAGGGGAAUCGUUUCCUGCCAAUGCAUGCGGCGUCAGCGGCUCCGGGUGAUUACAAUUCUGAACUCUCUGAUAGUGCUGCGCUUAAAGCUUCAAAAAUUCUCUCUGUCCUCGUUACAGGGGAUGAAGAUGGCGCGCUCAUUUUGUCGCUGAAUGGACUCUUCCCGGUUGCUCGUCUACUACUUGACGGCCCAGCACCCUCCGCCGUCGCUUGUUGUGCCUCCGGAGAUCUUCAAACCUUAUUCGUCUGGGCCCAAACGGCCAAUGGACCAAAGCUGGAAGUUUUUGAUGUGAAGUUCCUUUCAGUGAACCAGGAUGAGGUCGCCGCAACAAUGCGAGUAUUUUUGAGCAUGGCUUUGCUGAUCGAGAAGGCGACUGAGAUUCAAAAUGCAGCCCACAAGGCGUGGGGCGAAGCGAUUGGACCAUUGGACAGGAAGUUGGCGCUUUAUGAUAGCAUCUUGCAGGACUGGCACACCCAUGAAGGAUCGUCACCUGAACUGCGAGCAGAACUCCUUGCACUUGUAAUGCAUGGUGUAAUUAAUUCAGCAACAGCACAGUUUCUCGAUGACAAUAUGGCAGAACCAAGCUUGAGCCGAACUCACAAGCUCGUGCACGCAUCGGCAAUUCACACUGAGCAUGGUUUGAACGACGAGCUGCUUCGUGCUGCUCGACUUCUAUGUUACUAUGCAGGGGAGCUUGUCGCCUACAGCCGGUUGGAUGGUGCCGGCUUUCGCCCGGACGCUGUUGGAUUGAAUCUAGGCCUCUCGCGUAUUCUUCUGCGUGAGGCUGAAAGCUUGGCAGUAUCUGCUGAGGUGCUAGUCUCAGACGUCAGGCUGGCACGCGCUUCUCUAUCUAGGGCGCUCAAGUGGUUCAAAGCGCUUCACGAAGCGCACGCUGAUAAGAUUAGUACCUCAAACGUCGUCGAAGACGCGCUCAAGUGCAAGCUGAGCGCUACGAACCAACGAGAGAUGGCAUCACUCCUCAAAGUUAAGUCGUCUGCCAGUUCUCUCAUACCACACUCCAAGACCGAAUUCCUCCUUGACUUCAAUAUUGCUGCACUGCUAGACCCAGAUCGAAAGGCUGAUUUGUCCACGAGAACAUGUCCUGCCCCUGGGUCCUACGAGUGCCUCCAAGAUGUUUCUAUUCUUAUCAAAGCAACAGAGUCAAAGCUUUGGUUGAUAAAGUCCCAUAAUCACGACAGCAUGCGUACUUGCUUGGGCUUCCAGGCGCCAGAGGAGACUCGCAUUGUCCAGGCAAAAUUCUACGCCUCUCAGCAAGGCUCCUACCAAAACAGGGUCAACCGCAUUGCCGCUCUUCUUCAAAGAGGUGGCACUGACGAAAUUUGGCUACUAGGUGAUGCAAGUUUUCUGAAAGAACAACGUUUCGAGCUAGUCGAGCCCGGAAUUCAUUCUGCAUUCUUCUGUGAAGGAAGAGCAGAUUGGUCCAACAACAUUUAUGAUAAUUCCCAAUCUCUUCAUCUGCGAUCAUGCAACGUCAAGGCCUUUCGUUUCAAGGGUUUCGAGGGUUUGUUUUUGGCACUGAUAAAAAUUCGCUGGGACCACAGGGGCGCCUGCCUUGUGCCCAACAAGGCUCGUCUUGCUGGCUUUCGGUCGAUGGCCGAUGCCCACAUGCGCAGCAUCAUGCCAUGUCAUAGGCCUAUUCCUAAUAACAAAAAUUGCAUAUGCCAUGUGAGCCAGGAGGCCACAUUUUAUCGAACGCCGCAUUUUAUCGUACGCGAAAGACGCCGCGACCCAAUCCCGCGUGGGGGGGUCGGAUAA